AUGUCGGAGCCGGCGCCCCCGGUACCGGCGGCACCACCGCCGCCGCCGCCGCCACCACCGCCGCCACCGGUCGGUCCACCGCCGCCCGACAUGCUAUUCGGGGUCGGGGUACUCGACGGACAGGGGUCGCCCGCCCCGAAUGGGCUCCCCAGAUCCGUGAAAUUGAGCGUCGUCGUGCUGCCCGGACGCUCCACCUUAAACACAACGUCAAUGCCGCCGCCACAGCCUACGGUCCUCGAUGCCGUCGCCGAACUCGCCGACGACGUCGUCGCCGCCGCGACCGUCGCGUGCCCUCCGUACGGGGCCCGAAUUUUGAGACUUCUCUCAGACGAUGAGCACACACUUAGCGGCGUGCCCCCGUACUAG